UGUGGUGAUGUGAUGGUGUUGUUGGAGCGGUACUUGGUUGUCAAUUGGCGAGCCAAAACCCACCGCCAGCAGCACCAGCAACAGCUGCUGCAGCUAUCGUCAGUCGUCUCCACAAAAGGAGCCUGCAGCCCCAAUUGUCUACCCUCCUCCUCAACCUCGUGCAGAGAAAGGGUGAUGUAGAUGACCAGCAGAUCAGUCUCAACAUCCAAACACCAGGACCAAAGCGAUCGCAGCAGGUCUGGGGAAAAAAGUAGCUAUUUCCGUUACUCUCUCUCUCUCUCUCUUCUUCUUCUUCAUCACUUGCAGCGCGUCCGGUGAAGAGAGAAUGUCCUCUCCACUGACGCGUUCUUCUGUUGCUCUACAUGGUGUCUAUCCAAACUCUUUUUUGCCGUCCUUUCCUUCUGUCUCGAUCUCUCUGCCUCUCCCUUAGACACAGAACCUGAUUACAGUAGUCUUCGAGCCUUAAGGCCAGGAGGGGAACGAGAGAGAGAAAGAAGAGGAGCAGAAGAGCAUAAUCUGCUUCCGCAGCCUCUUUUCUACGUAGGAGACAGUUGCCUGCACUGGCGAAGUCCACAAGAUAAGGCAAAGAUGAACGAGCGCAGCGAGGGACGCGACUUCAUGAGUGUGGACUCCUUCUCGCAGCUCCCGUUCAUCCGCCCGGUCCCCAAGCCUUCCUCCUCCUCCUCCUCCUCCACCUCCGGCAUCCGCCUGUUCGGCAUCGAAGUCCCUCACCAUCCCACCAACGAAGAGGACAACACCGAAAAAGACCACACCACCACCGUCAACGGCGGAGGUGAGAGCGCACGCAAGUUCGAGUGCCACUACUGCUAUCGCCAAUUUCCGACAUCGCAAGCGCUCGGCGGGCACCAAAACGCCCACAAGCGCGAGCGCCAGCACGCGAAGCGGGUUCACAUCCAGUCCGCCGCCCUGGCCGCGAUCCACCACGGUCCGGCAGCCAUCGACGGCCAUCAUCUCUACGGCUUUUUUAAUUACCACCAACCAUUCGGCCCGGUGUUACCCGCAGCCGCCCACUUCGCUGUCGACUCUCCUUCGACGCCGCACUACCCUGCAUGCCACGCCACUAGCGCCGCCAGUGGUAGCUUCGGUGGUUGUUUCUACGGCGGGCUUGGUUCGGCGGCUCAACCCAUCAACGGCAGCCCGUUGCCGGGACUCUGGAAGGCCCCUGGGGUCGUGCAUGGCAGCGCGAGCGUGGGGUUAGUCCAUGGGGACUCUCCGAUGCCUUCACCUACGACAAGACGAGAUCAAGAGCCAAGAAUCGAGGGAAUUGGAGGCAUUAUCUCAGAUGGCAACGAUCGUGGUGCUUCUUCCGCAUCUUCCAAAAGCCAAUUUGCUUACCAGCUGAUGCCCGGCGUGAAGGAGAACGUGAGUUUGGAUUUGCACCUGUGAUCAGUAACACUCUUGUGGGAUUUCGGAUGAUACUAUGGCUUUGUUCUUCCUUAGUUUCUUUCGUCAUGUUGUGGUGUUGCCCAGAGAAGUGGCCAUCCUUUUAUCGUCAGGCAAAGGAAAAAGAAAGAACAGGAAUUCUAUCUCUCAUUUGGACAACACAAUGCAUCAAGAAUUUUCACUGUGAAUCUAUAAACAUAUGAUCUGCAAGAGUGUUGCUCACUCUGUAGAUUUUGAUCCCUGCAAUCUUCAAUCUUUGACUAUAUCCAUGUAACUCUUUAUUAUUUGUC